UAGAAUCCUCACUCCACACGGCGUCGUCAGAACAGAAUAGAACAAAGCCAAACAGAACGAUGUUUCAGCUGUUAUACCUCCUUCUGCUUGCCAUCACCUUCAGUCAUUUCACAGCUGGUAUAAAACUCUGGAACUCUAAAACGCCAAGAAGCAACACAAUAUGGCGCGGGAACUGGAACCUGGACAGUACCACGUACAGGGGUCAGGAGUCGGUGUCUGCUGAGCCCAACCCCGACGGGAGUACCUACAAAGUUAGUGCCAUCUCCCUCUCCCAGGGAUCCUACGGCCUCACCGAUCUCUUCAGUGGAGCUGAGUUCUACUCCGCUCCUUUAGAGCCCAGGGAGUGCUUGACCCUAGUCUACAAGGUGUGGUUCGAAGACAACUUCGACUUCGCCUACGGUGGAAAGUUGCCGGGUCUGUACGGGGGCGGGGUCAACUGUACGGCUGGAGGAGACCCAGGCAAGGACUGUUUCACAUCCCGCUUUAUCUGGAGAACAGGUGGAGUAGGUGGAGUGGCACUCUUCACCACAGCUCAACAAACACCGGGGUUCUGUGCCACUGAAGGAGUGGAGUGUAACGACGCUUGGGGACACCGACUUGGCAGCGGAAGUUUCCAGUUCCAGACCGGAACCUGGUACACAAUCCAACAAACCGUUCGCCUGAACACCCCCGGGCAGGCUGACGGCUACGUUCGGAUUGCUGUUGGGGGCGUUGGUAAAGUGUACGACGUCAGUAACGUGGUAAUCAGAGAAUCCCCGGAUGUGAAAGUCGAUGGCAUUCUGUUUUCUAAUUAUUUCGGCGGGACAUCGUCAUGUUCCGGAAGUCCCGUUGAUACCCAUGUCUACUUCCGGUACUUUGUCCUCAAGGACAACUUCUGCUAGAAAUAUCACAAUAGGCAUCCGUUUACCACAGAUUUUGUCCAACGACCACAGAUUUUGU